AUGUCGGACCAGGAAGCUCCGCCGAUACCACGUCCCAUACGCAGGCCACACGGGAAAUCCAAGACGGGCUGCCACGACUGCCAAAGACGUCGUGUCAAGUGCAGCGAGGAGCGUCCAAGCUGCCGUCAAUGCGUGCGACCAAGUGUCUGCUGCCAGUACCCAAACCAGCUUGCACGAGCAUCUACAACCAGCCCAUCCACGUCGAUACCAGCCUUGCCGGACUCUCCUGGGAAAUUCCGCUUUUCUCAGUCACCCUCGCGGGAAUCAGAGCCGACCCCCAAGACCACGCUGUUUGACCUUCUCGAUCAUGCCUCGUCCGCCGAACUCAGACUGAGUGAUCUACGUCUGUUUCACCAUUGGAUAUUAUCUCCCAGCCUUGACAUGUCCAAAUGGCCCAAGGAUUGCUACAUAUGGCAAGCAAUACUUCCUCAGAUCGGUUUUCAAUACACUUUUGUGUUACACGCCAUGAUGGGCCUCGCUGCUUUGCACAUCGUCUCCAACGAUACGCCUGAGAAAAAGUCCAUGUGGAUGGCUGGCGUUUACCAUUAUAGCCAGGCCCUACGUUGUUUCCAAAAGGAGAUCGCCAAUAUCACCGAGCAGAACAGCGAAGCGCUCUUCAUGUGGUUGGUAUGCAACAUCAUGUACACUUUCGCCAUGUCGAACCCACUUCGACAAGCUCCAGACGCCGUUAUACUCGGAGCUGAAUUCAUUCCUAUAAUUCGCGGUGUGGAUGCCGUUCUUGUGCCUAGUCAUAAUUUUAUUUGA